AUGGGUUGUGGCGCUGGUAACUAUUCUUCCUUGUUACACAAACAAAAGAGACAUACCCACGUGAGAUCAAAUAAAGACAAAUUUGUUGUGCUGAAAAAUUGCAAAAUUUCAACACAAUCUUCUCCCCCGUACCACUCGAUACUACCCACCAUGUCGGCUCCUUGUAGUUGCAAACAUAAUGAAAGUACACCAUCAGUCAACUUAUCACAUUUAUCUCCGGAACUUCAAAAAGAGUUUCAAGAUCCCCAACAUCCAGCCAAUUUAAUUUGUGAAUUAUGUCGAUUAUUCUAUGACAACAAUUGGGUCACUGGAACUGGAGGUGGAAUCUCAAUUAGAGAUGUCGAAGGACCAAAUCCCAAUUUGGUCUAUAUUGCACCAUCUGGUGUUCAAAAAGAGAGAAUCCAACCAUGGGAAAUGUUCUUGGUUGAGUUACCCAAUGAAAAGUUAUUACGGACCCCCAAUGAUAUUCCUGAAGAAUUGACCAAGAAAUACAAGUAUAAGCCUAGUGCAUGUACUCCUUUAUUUAUGAGUUGCUAUAAAAUGAGAGAUGCUGGAGCUUGUAUCCAUACUCAUUCACAAAGUGCCGUCAUGGUUACUCUAUUAUUUGAAACCAGGAGCUAUUUUGAAAUCAGCCAUAUUGAACAAAUUAAAGCUUUACCUAAAUUGAGAUUUAAUGAAGACUCAGGUAAGGUGGAGAAAAUUGGUAGUAUGGAGUAUUAUGAUAGGUUGAUUAUCCCAAUUAUCGAGAACACUCCCCAUGAAGAGGACUUGACUGAUUCGUUACAAGAAGCAAUUAAAAACUAUCCGGGGACAUCGGCUGUCUUAGUUAGGAGACACGGAAUAUAUGUCUGGGGUGAAACGGUAUGGAAAGCUAAAGUUUAUAACGAAGCAAUUGAUUAUUUGUUGGAAUUGGCAGUUAAGAUGCACCUAGCUGGAAUUCCUUUAGUUAAAGGUUCAUAG